AAAUUCCCAAUCCCAACCCCAAGUCACACUCCACCUCCGCAACCAAACGCGCUAGGGUUUCCGCACCGCACCUCUAGUCCUCCACCCACCCCACCCCACUACCGGCGAUGGCCACCGCGGCGGCACAGGGCGGUAGCGACAAGCCGGCGCUCCGGAAGCCCGUCUUCACCAAGGUCGACCAGCUCAAGCCGGGCACUAACGGGCACACCCUCACCGUCAAGGUCGUCAGCGCCACCCCCGUGCCGGGCCGCGCGCGCCCGGGCGCACCCGCCGCCGCCUCGUCCCGCGCGCCGCGCAUCGCCGAGUGCCUCGUCGGAGACGAGACCGGCGUCAUCGUAUUCACCGCCCGCAACGACCAAGUUGAUUUGCUGAAGCCCGAUGCCACGGUGAUCUUGCGCAAUGCCAAAAUCGACAUGUUCAAAGGAUCAAUGAGGCUUGCAGUGGACAAAUGGGGGCGGAUUGAGGCUACAGAGCCAGCCAGCUUCACAGUGAAGGAAGACAACAACUUGUCCCUUGUAGAGUAUGAAUUGGUUAACGUGGCUGAAUAACCGUCGAAGCGUUUCUGCCCCCCUUUCUUCUUUUUCACGCACGCCAUAAGAUGAUAAGAAAACGAACAGCAUCUCGAAGCUGAGUUUAUUUGUUACGGUGGUCGAUAAGGUCAAGGCUUCUGCUGUUACACCUUUGGAUCCAAUCCAUUAAGAUGAAUUACCCUUGCAUCUAUUGUAAUUGUGUGGUUAUCCAAAAA